AGAUCAUUUCCUUUUAGGCGGCGUUGAGGCGAAACCUGGAUGCUGAGGCACACCCCGCGCAAUCGACAAGGAUGGCUGACAUGGCGGUGGCUGGUAGGUCACUGUCGGAAUCUGGUACACUUUCAGUAGCUCCGGACAUCCAACUUUCUGGUGGCAAACAGACAACCGCGAAAUUGGCGAUGAUGAAAUAACGUUUUGAGAUACGAAGUUCAUCGUUGUUGAAGAGAGCGUUGGGCUAACGAGCGUUGAGAUUGAAUUAACACUAGGCGAGUAAAGAUGCAAGUCUUCACGAGCGUCACGCGUGGAUCGCGGGAGUUGUUCCGCACCGGUCUAAGGCAGCCUCGUCUGCACUCGUGACGCCAAGAACUCACCUCGCAGGAAUCGAUCAGAGCAUCGACGGGCAUCACACCAGAACUGCAUCGGCACUGGAAGCUCGUGCCGCCCGCAAAAUGGCGACUCCAGAGGCACAAGAGACAGCGGCCAAGCAGCGAAUCAUUAAGCACAUGAAUGCAGACCACCAUGAUUCUAUCCGUCGCUAUGUCGAAGCCUACGCGUCCAAAAGCCCCAGGCAAAGCCACUCCGCCCAAAUGACCGAUAUCACCCUGAAUGAGAUGAAGUUCAGUUGCAGUGGCCAAACCAGCACCAUCGCCUUUGAUCCGCCCAUGGAGAGCCUGCGUGAAGCAAGAGAGCGACUUGUUCAGAUGGACAAAGACACCCUCAAGGUCCUGGGCCGCAGCGACAUCACUGUUACUCGCUACAUCCCGCCAUAUGUCAAGUUGGGCCAUCUAUUAAACUUCACUCAGUGUUUCCUUGUCUACCUCCUAUUGCCGAGAGGAGCGAACUUCAGGCCUGGCAGUCAGCUGUACGACAAUCUCCUGUUCAUGGUGCCAACGUUCGCAGAUUUCGUACUGCAGGUCAGGUCAAUCAUUCUGCCUAUCAUGCUGGCCAUACAUGUUACUGAGACUUUCGUCAUGGAGAAGAAGGUCAGGAGGCAUGGAUUGAGUUCAGUUGAUGCGGUCUGGUGGUUGUGGGUAGGGAGCAGCUUUGUAGAAGGUAUCACCGCUUUUUGGCGGUUGGAUGGCUUGAUUGCGGAGAAGCAGAGGGAGAAGGAUGCGAAGAAGCAUUGAUAGAACAGCACGAUUGUUACUCUCUAGCAUAGCGAAGACCUAGAGCGAAUAUAGACACCUUGCAUACACUCUGUGAUUAUUGAUAGAAAGAUGUCAAGGGAAAGGCAAGUCCGGUGUGCAGGAUGAUUCGCACAAGCCAAUCAAUCCAGUGCAAUAAUUGCCAAAAUGGAAGAGUCGCUGCUCAAGCUCAUCAA